UGCGACUCUUUUCCACAUCCCUCCUCUCUUCUUCUCCUCUGCCGGGGCGAACUUUCUUUCUCUUCCGGUUGUCGUCUGUUCGUGUGGCAGAUAUACCAGCGUAGAAAUGGCCAAGUCCAAGAAUCACACAACUCACAACCAGUCUCGUAAAUGGCACAGAAAUGGCAUCAAGAAGCCCAGAUCUCAGCGCUACGAGUCUCUGAAGGGGGUGGACCCCAAGUUCCUGAGGAACAUGCGUUUUGCCAAGAAGCAUAACAAGAAGGGCAUGAAGGCAGCACGGAAAGCAGUGGCUCAGAAAUAAGCUGUCUGAUCAUUCUCUAUGUCUGUCAUCGUUCCACAUACACCAACUUUAAUAAAGUAAUGCUUUAUUAACAAAA